AUGUCAAUUGUCUCAUUACUAGGAAUAGAAGUCCUCAACAAUCCCGCCAAAUUCACCGAUCCAUAUGAAUUCGAAAUCACCUUCGAAUGUCUAGAACCCCUCAAAGAAGAUCUAGAAUGGAAACUAACCUACGUCGGAUCCUCCCGUUCUCUUGAUCAUGAUCAAGAACUAGACUCAAUCCUAGUCGGACCAGUCCCUGUCGGGGUCAACAAAUUCUUAUUUCAAGCAGAUGCACCUUCGCCGGAAUUAAUCCCGGCUAAUGAAUUGGUUAGUGUUACGGUUAUUUUAUUGAGUUGUAGUUAUGCUGAUAGGGAGUUUGUGAGGGUGGGGUACUAUGUGAAUAAUGAGUAUGAUAAUGAGGAGUUGAGGGAGAAUCCGCCAGCUAAAGUGAUGGUGGAUCGGGUUGUUAGGAAUAUUUUGGCUGAGAAACCUAGGGUGACUAGGUUUAAUAUUGUUUGGGAUAAUGAAGAUGCAAAUACAGAUCAAUAUCCUCCUGAACAGCAAGUAGAUGAAGAAGAAGAGGAGGAGGAAGAAGAAGAGGAGGAAGAUGAAGAUGAAGAGUUGGAAGAAGAAGAAGAAGGGGAAGAGGGUGAAGAAAAUGGAGAGCAAAAACAACAACAAGAUGGGGAAGACAUUGAAGAAGAUCUUGAAGAUGAAGAAGAUGAAGAAGACGAAAUACAGACUCCUGCUGAUGAUGCUGAAGAAGAUAUAGAGGAAGAUCUCGAAGAUGAAGAAGAUGUUGAAGAUAUAGAUGAUACAGAAGAAAUAAACACCCCAAAGGAUUAG